GCUCACCCUGUCGCAAGCAAUGCGCCUUUGGUCUCGAACGCCAGUUGCCGUACAGGUCCGUCCAGCGCCGCGAGGAUAUCGUUGGCUACGUUAUUGUAAUAAGGUCGACCGCAGUCAUCGUCGCGGCUGAAAACGUUGCUACGCUCUGAGUUGAUGGAGAUCGUGGAGGCACCCGAGGGAGACAGCUGCACGCUGGAAAGGUUGGGGCUGCUACGACGUACGGGAGCUGCAUGCGGCGACUCCAUGUCCAGCGACGCGUAGGCUUGCUCCUUCUUGCCCACGAGCUUCAUGUUGUCGGCGCUCGGUUGGUCCUGAGCUGAAGACGCAGUGAAAUAUCGAGGGAGUAUUCACACCUGAUCGGAUGAUGGUGUCACGCGUGGGCUAAGAAAAGGCCUAGCAAAGAAAUGAGGUACACUGUACCAUCAUCAAUCAGAUGUCGCUUGUAUUUUGUUGAUGCUUUUUUUGUCGAUGAAGAUGUCGCUUGAAGGUCGCUCCUUCGCAGCCUCACAAUUGCCGGUUCGGGGGCGACCUAGCGUGAUACUGGGAACGAGACUCAACAUGUCGGUGCUCUCUCCUGUGGCCAAGGCGGCUCUGCGCCACCCCGUCGGGCGCGUACGUGGCAACGGCAUCACGGCCACGGUAUUUGGCGCCACGGGUUUCCUGGGACGCUACGUGUGUGCGCAUCUGGGCAUCAAUGGCAACGGAUACGUGGUGCCGUACCGCGGAGACGACCUCGAAGUGGCACACCUGCGCGUGUCGGCCGAUCUAGGUAACGUGGCCCAGCAGCCGUUCCACCCACGCGACCGCGACUCGAUCUUUGAGGCUGUGGAGGGCUCCGAUAUCGUCAUUAACCUUGUCGGCAAGCACUACCAGACCAAGCACAUGCUUCCGUGGUGGAUUAACUACACGUACGAUGAUGUUCACGUCGAUGUGGCUCGUACCAUUGCCGAGGUGGCCAAGGAGGCUAGCGUGCCCCGCAUGGUUCACGUUUCGUCGCUGCUGGCCCAGCCCAACUCGCCGUCUGAGUGGGCCGCCUCCAAGUUCCGUGGCGAGGUCGCUGUCCGCAAGGCCUUCCCGGAGGCCAACAUCGUGCGACCGUCCAACAUGUUCGGCCCCGAGGACCGUCUUCUCGUCUGGAUGGGCAACCGCCUCAGCUACGGCGGCAUCCCCGUCGUGGACAACGGCGACGCUGUCAUCCAGCCUGUGUUCGUGAACGACGUGGCCAAGGCCAUUUACCACAUUACGCAGGACGAGACCAUUCAGGGCAAGACCUUCGAAUUCGUCGGAGACGAAGAGUUCACGUACAAGGAGCUGGCCGAUUACGUGUUCGACAUUACUAAGCAGAACUCGAGACUGGUCAACCUGCCGCUGCCUGUGGCUCAGGCCAUUGGCUACUUCUGCGAGCAGUUCCCGGACCCCAAGUUCACGCGCGACUGGGCUACGCGUCUCAGUCUGAACGAGAUCAAGACGUCAGACCUUCCUGGUCUGCGUGAGCUGGACGUUGAGCCCACCAAGUUGGAGAAGGAGGCGCCUAACUACAUGAUCAAGUUCAACCCCGGCGGUCACUUCCAGGAGGUGUCUGGCUACCAUUAAGCCGUGCUUGCAUCGAGGUGUGUGGGACGAAUGUAGGCUGGUCUGCUUAGCUUCAGGAAAGACAGUAGGGAACGCUCAGCCUGCUGUGUCGGUUGCCGCUAUUUCUACCAAGGCAGUCGAGGCAGUGGCUCCGCUCGCUCGAUACAGUGACAGACAAUUCCUUAUGAGUGACAAUGAAGACAAAAAUGAGAGACUUAGUCUAGAAUAUCCACAUGGACUAGGAUACAAUAGCCAAAAGUGUCCACAUGGACCACUUUCUUGUGGUCCCAAUAUCGUUUGCGCAAGC